UGUAGAACAUUCUCUAUGGUGUAAACGUCAAGGUUGAAAAGUGUUUGAUGAGGCCUAGCAUGGAUGAAGGGAGUAAGUGUUAUUAAUUGUUCGUGAGUAAUCCGUCAUUCGGGCAACAGUGUUGGUCCAGCUGGGUGAAGAUAGGAUAGCUGCCGUGAUGUCGACGGCGCUGCUGGCCGCUAUCGCCGUUAUCUUAUGCAUAUUAUUCAGAAUAUUAAAUGUCAACAGCCAAUCUCAGAAACCCCUCCUCUUUUGCAAGGAUUCCAGUUUUCUUGAAACAAUUUUGAAGAUUGCGCCGCUGCUGCAAGAACCGUACAACCCCACGCGGCUGUGGGGCUACAGCGGCCACGUGCAGACCAUCGUGCACAGCAUCAUCGGGCGGGUGCGCUGCCCCUGGCCCCUGGGAGAGCGCUGCGAGCUGCUGCUGGGCGACGGCACCACGCUCACCUACGACGUGUACCAGCCGCUCGACCAGCUGCACCAAGAUGACGUGACUCUGGCCAUCUGCCCCGGUAUCGGUAACACCUCCGAGAGUGUGUACAUCCGCACGUUCGUGCACUACGCACAGUGCCACGGCUAUCGUUGCGCCGUGCUGAACCACGUGGGCGCGCUCCAGAGCGUGCCCGUGACGGCUCCUCGCAUAUUCACCUACGGGCACACCGGGGACUUUGGCGAGAUGCUGACCCACAUCCUGGAGAGGAACCCCAACACGCACGUGGUGUGCAUCGGCUUCAGCCUGGGCGGCAACCUGGUGACCAAGUACCUGGGCGAGAGAGGCCGCAGCAAGCCACGAGCCAUCAUCGGCGGCAUCUCCAUCUGCCAGGGCUACUGCGCCAUCAAGGGCACCAAGUGGCUGCUCAACUGGCAGAACUUCCGCCGCUUCUACUUGUACGUGAUGACGGAGAGCAUGAAGACCAUCAUCCUCCGCCACCGCCACGUUCUGCUGAGCGACGAGGUGAAGCGUCGCUGCCACCUGAACGAGCGCGACAUCGUGGCCGCCGCCACGCUGCCCGAGCUGGACGACGCCUACACCAGGAAGGUGCACAACUUUGGGUCGGUGAGCGAGCUGUACAAGUGGAGCAGCUCGGUGAACUACCUGCACUCCAUCGCGGUGCCCAUGGUCUUCAUCAACGCCCGCGACGACCCGCUGGUGCCCGAGCAGCUGCUCCAGCCCGUCAAGGACUUCGCCGCGGAGCACAGCAGCUCGCUGUACGUGGAGCUGGCCCACGGCGGGCACCUGGGCUUCUACGAGGGCGGCCUGCUGUACCCCAACCCCGUCACCUGGCUGGACCGCGCCCUCGUCGCGCUGGUCGGCUCCCUGGUGCUCGUGCGCGCAGACUCCACCCUCAAGACGCAGUCCGUGCCCCACUAGUGCCUCCGUUGGGAAGCCUGGCCAGCCUUCACCGUGCCGUUCACGGGAGCCGACGCGGCGAGGGAUAGUUGUAACAAGCCAUUUAACUACGUAUUUCACUGCAUUUCCGUGCUUUGUGCAGGGCACACUGUUUGUGUUUGUGUGCGUGCGUGGGUGUGUGGAGCGUGUAGUGUGACUGCUGUAAGCUCUACAGUUACUAAAUUAUUGCUGUCACAAAAUGUAUUUAUUGUAUAUAAUAUUCAAAGUGUGUGUGUGUGUGUAUGUGUUUUGCGUCUGAACAACCAGUUGGUGCACUAAUCUUAGAUUGCGGUAUGCAUUAAAUAAUUAUUUUUAGUUAACUAGAUUUUUACCCCCAAAUUAAUUGAAUGAACGGCAAUGAGACGGUUUCAUUCGGGAGACUCGGCACUACAGCAGAUAAUUAUACAAGGACUUAACUGAAGGUCAAUUUUUACAAGAAUAAAUACGCCUUUAGAGUGAUGAAUGUUGUGAGAGAUGUGUGUGAGAAUUUUUGUACACUGUCCAGCUUGUCUGCACUCAAAGUGAACAUGUUGUUCUAAACCUUGUUUCUGUUUUCUUUAUUUCUUUCUUUUCGUUCCUGUUUUGGAUUAUCCUUGUGUUGUGUCUUUAUAUUGGCAUCCUGUCUUUCUCUCUUCUCGUGUGGCAACAUGUAUGUGUGAUAUUUCAUUUUGUUUCAUUAAAUCUCAAUUUUUUUCUCAGGAGAAAUUUAGUGUUUUACUCCAGAGUAAGUGAAGCUGCAGUGAUGCAAGUAGUAGUAUUACAAUUUCAAAGGAAUUUAGUAUCUCGGAGAUCUAACUGUGAAACCAACAAUGUUUAACUGUUUUUACACACUUUUCUUGAAACUGUGAAGUAGAUUUAUUUAUUAUUACUUGAAUGGAAAUAAAUAUUAAAUUUGUUGAACAUAUAUUUUUGAAGAUGAAAAUAGUACUACUCUGCAUUACUGCACUGAGUGUAAAUAGUGUCAUAUUGUUUAUUCUGUUUUAAUUUUUAGCUUCUGCAGUCCAAUUUUAUAAAGACUAUUGGAUGAUUUUAAAAUUAUUCAAUGAAUUUACAUGCAUUUAUGUGUUUGCUGAUCGAAGCAUGUAAUUUUUAAGUUAUCUCGGCAUAGAGAUUUAAUGUCUACUUGUAAAUGUAUUGUAAGUAGUAAGUAAGUUAAGUUUGUACAAAGAACUAGUCUAACAUUGUAACUUGCACCCAUGACAAUGAUGUUCGCCCAGUUAACCUUCUGUUCCUCGUGUAAUGCAGAGUCAAGUUGACUUAAACAAUGUGAAUCGCAGUGCAAUGAUUUGUGUGUGGGUGGGGGUUAAAGAGCGGGUCUUAAAUACUUGAAAACUUGCUCCUAACAGAACUAGAGAGAUAUUUGGUGCUGGUUCCUCAUUGAGCCAGCUGAGAGGGGGAGUACAAUUGACUCUCUCAGGUGGCGAUAAGUUUUAAGUGCUCUCUGAAUUAUUCUUGCAAUAGGGAAGAUAAAUAUUAAUUAUUAUUUUGGACAUACGCCAUUUCUAGUUUCCAUUUUAUGUCACAGACAAAGAUAUAUGAAUACACAUACACACACAAAAAAAGCCAAAAUUAGCUGAUGUUAAAUGUAUGGACAGCUCGAAUUACAUGGACGGAAUGAGUCUGAACAGUAUUUAUGCGCAGAAGAACACAUUGGGCUGACAAUGACGAGAGACAGUUACAACAAAAACAUUAAAUACAGACAAACAACAACCUUGGCCAGCACUGUUACAGACAGAGGAACCCAGCGAUAAUGCUAAACAGAUAAAUGUGAACACCACCCCGGCAAUAGAGCGACGCACAUGCUAACAACAUAGCAAGAUAAAAACAGUUGCGAUGUGUUCAUCAGUGCUGUCGUCGUCGUGUUUUCAGAAUACAGUGAAACCUCAUUAAUACGAUAUCUGUUAAUCCAGAUUACUUGUUAUUACGAACCUAUUUAAAUCCCCAGCAACAUGAGUAGGAUGUUCAGUGUUAAUUUGUAAUUUGUUUUGUAUAUAAAUACGAAAGCAGUGGUAUGGCGUAAUUUAGUAACAUUCCACUGAUUGGUUGUCGUAUUGGCAGUGGUGUGUCGGAGUAAGGUAUGUUCUAGUACCCAGAGGGAGCUGUAAGCAAGGCUUUAUUCUGCGACGCCCUGGGGACUGUGUGGAUGCACCUGCGGACGGUGGCCUGAAGUCCAAGCUAGGGUGCUCGAGACAGUGACUUCCGAGGAGUUCGUUUAAAUAAGUCUAGCUCUGCGUUAUUAUUUCUGACAUCGAAAUGGCCCAAAAACUUUGUUUCUGGUAUGAAACUUUUUUCCUAGUUGAAAUACAUUAUUCGUUAGGAAAUUACAGUUUACUUAUUUAAUCAGUUGUGAAAAUUCUCUUUCAGACAUGUUUUCAAUUAUCUAGUCCGUCGCCGCAUUGAACGCUUGUCGGCAUGUUCGGUUAGGGUGAUGCGUGUAUAGUGUGUGCACACGUAGUCGAGAUAGCUCGCUGAUAAAAUAGCGCGCGGACUCUGUCUCUUGUUGAGUAAACUAAUCUAAAGGCCCGCAAUUUUUUUCGUGGUUAGUGUGUACUACGACGGUAGUUAUUGGUGCUCAACGUUAGUUCUGUGUCGCAUUUGGGUCACGCUUUUUGUUGUCAUUUUCUUUUACGUUAAUACAAAAUAUUUUUGUUUUGUAGUACUUAUUUACUAGUUUUUUAGGGUCGGCUAGAAUUGAGAUUAAACCUGAAAGUAGAGUAUUUGUUUGAUGUGUAAACACUCAUUCGAAAACAUUUUUAACACCUCAAGUUUUGUACACGUUUAUUUAACCAUAUAAUACAAAUGAGAUUAAUUAAUUUAAUAAAAAAAUAAAUUUAAACUUUUAGUGGAUUUUAUGUCAUGUAUUUUGGCUUAAGUUUUGAUUGUAUAUUAGUAGGCUAUUAGAUAUGUAACAAGUUUAAACAACAUACCAUUCAAAAUUGUAAAUAAUUUUGUGUUAACUGUGCCAACCAUGGUUUUACUUAAUAGAAUACUCUUAUGCAGGUUUGUAGUAGAUAGUCCUACAAGACUGCACAUAUUUUUCUUUUGUUUUGACAUUAAUGUAUGUGCAACAUGGGGAAGUAUGGUUAUUACAAAAUCAGUAAAUUUCUGACCCUCAGAUUUGUAUCAAUGGGGUUCCACUGUACCUGUUCAAUUUCAUGAUGGGUUUGCAUGUGCAUCAAUGUAUUGUCGGUGUGUAUUUAAGAUUUUUUGUUGUAUUAUCUUUGGAUUCCUCUGUCUGUGGCCGUGGUGGACCGAGGUUGUUGUUUGUUUGUAUUUACUGUUUUUGUUGUAACUGUCUCAUCAUUAUCAGGCCACUGUGUUUGUGCUGUGAUAUUGUUCUGUCCAAUUCCUUCCCUGGAAUUCAUUUUGUUGUUUAUAAAUUUAAUAUUUGACAUUAGCUGAUUUUUGCUCGUUUUCUUUGCAUUUUGUAUUCGUUUUUCUUUGUCCAUUCUAUGGGCUUUCUAGCAAUGGCGUUAUGUCCAAAAUAAUGAUUUUAAUCACUGCAGAGUGCUUAUCUUGCACCUGACCCAGAACUAGACAUUGUAUGCAUUACAGAGUUGGUCACCAAUAAAAUUGCAGAAAUUUGUAAUUUAAAGUAUUCAUACAUAGCACAAUGUCAAUUUUGUUAACUUCAUUAUUCUUCAUCAAGCUUAUCUAGUGAAAAAAAUAUCACAAACUGAAGAUAUCCUAAUUAAAAUUGAGUAACAUGGAUAUGAUAUGCAGCGAUGUGGUUAUUUUCAGUGCUAAAUGCCAUGUUGUGCUAGAAACACAUUAUUUAUGUGGUUUUGUACCUCUGUAAGUUGUAGCGAUUAUAGCAUUUUUGGCGUAAGUCUUGGCCACCAGACCACUAGCUCAGCCAGUGAGCGUCACUUACCUGUGUAUUGUUUGGAAUUGCUUAUUGUUUUAUGAGGUUACUGUUCUAUACUAUUCUGUGCCAUAGGUUUGAAUUUGAGAAUGUAAAUUACACUUAUUCCUUAAAAAGAAAAACAGAUGUAUUUCCAGACCUUCAAAUUAUUUAAGUGUAGAGUAUCGUGUUUAUGUAGCCAUGAGACAUAUGCUAGUAGUGUUGACUUUUGUGUGCACUUUAGCGAAUAAUAACAUUUUAAAAUAUGAAAAUCAUAGGCCCUUUUACAUAAGUGUUUAUCGUGUAACUGAAGUUUGCCUUGCAGCCAAUUAAGGGUUCUGAUAAUUAAAAUGACCACUCUUUGUUAUUUUUAGUAAACCUUCCCCAUACUCUGGAGAGAUGGUUAAACUGCUGCCAAGUGCACGGAACUAUGACACGAGGGUCAUUUUGUUUUACGUUAUAGCAAUCGACGGGAGUGCAGCGAAGCUGUGUCAGGUGCAGGAAAGUGCUGCCUACAGAUGCAUGGUCUUCAUGUGAUUUAAUGUUUUAAAGAUACGUAACAUUGUAUGAUAUGCUUGCAUUUUUAGUUAUAUGUAGUUUAGUUCUAGUAACUUUGUCGUGUUGUUUGCAGCGACACUGUUUCCUUCUUCAGUCACUGAAAGCCAUGGUCUUUAUUUUUCCUGCAUCAUGUGGAAAAAUGAAAGCAUAUUUUAUAAUAAAAAAAAAUGGCACAGUGUGUUUGCAUGUAAAUACGAAAGUAGUGGUAUGGCGUAAUUUAGUAACAUUCCACUGAUUGGUGGUUGUAUUGGCAGUGGUGUGUCGGAGUAAGGUAUGUUCUAGUACCCAGAGGGAGCUGUAAGCAAGGCUUUGUUCUGCGACUCCCUGGGGACUGCGUGGUUGCACCUGCGGACGGUGCAGUGCGGGGUUCUGCGACUUACGCCUGCAGUCCGAGGAGCGAGUACGGUCGGAACUCGAGGGGGCUCUAGGCGGCGACUCCCGGGGAGUUAGCCUGCAUAAGUCUAGCUAACUGUUCACAAUUUUUAGCAGUUAAAAGGUUACUUUGCAAGUAAUGAUACAGCCACAGAGCAAAACCCUAUCCACGCCCUAGUGUGUACCACAGUAUGUCUCACGCUUAGACUGCAGUACGAUGCAAAUGGCCUCCGCUGUUGCCAAAUUGAAACAACCUAGCUUGUUGACAUUAAAGAUAUUUUUUAUACCAUCAAUAUAUUAAUUUAAUAUUACUAUUUAAAGCCAUAAAAUAGUGUAUGACUGUAUUACUACAGUUUUAAUAUUCUGAAAGAAAAUUUUUUCAAUUAUAACACCAAUUAUUAUCUCACUGGAGAAACUAUUUUUAGCAUUUUAUCGCUACUAAUGAAUUAUAUGCUUCAAUCAAAUACACCCAAAAUUAAAAAUAUAAAUCAAUCAUUACAAUAUAAAGUUGUGUCUUAAACUUUUGUUCCCGUUGGCUCUAUCUGGCCAGCACACUGAAACAAGAACAGCGCUAAUAUCAGAUAUUGUGCAUUGGAAAGAGACAGUUAAUGCCCAUUAAAAUGUACACUGAACUCUUAAGGGUGAGACAUGUUGUAGGCAAGAAAGCCUUUUUGUGCACUUUUUUCAGCUGUCAGCUAAAUCAAUUAAAUUACUCAGAGGGUAAUUACGACUGGUGUCAAAUUUAAAUGCCCACCGUUGCUACAGAUGAGGUAAUAUGUAUUCAAAUAUGCAGUUUAUCAGAUCACUAACAUGGGUUGCUUAAAAAAAAAAACAACAACUUUGUGAACUUUUUUCUAUUAUGUCACUACCUUUCUUAAUCUCACACCAGAUGUAAUUUGUACUUUAAUUCAACAUAUUAUUCGCAUCUUUUCCAACUAAAAAUUAAAAAAAAAAAGAAAAAGAAAAAAAAAACUUUUAGAAUUGUGUUGAAGAUUGAUGCCAAAAUCAAAUGAUCAAAAUGUUCAAUGACACUAUUUUCGGAGCUUCACCCAUGCUUAUUGAUAAGUUAUUUGAAGUAUGGAGCUGCCAUUCGAUGGUAUAACCGAGGGCAAUUGCCCUUGCUCGUAGUGCAGCCUUUGCAACCAUGUACUGAGUUACAUUGGCUCAUCUUGAAUUUAUACAUGCAUUCAAAGUCUUUGAAUUGUGACUGCUUGGAACAUGGCUUCUGGCACACACGACCGAUGACCAUGAGGAAAAUUAAAUGUUGUAUUGCAAAUAACUGAAUUUAAGCCAUGACUAACUCGGGACUGCAAGUUUCUUACGUCAUGCAGUAGCUCCUUGGUCAAGUAGUCAUUUAUAUCUGAAUACUGGUCGGAAUGCCGUAGUUGUGUCGGUUUUGCUUUCAAAAUCUUGCGUAGGACUUUUUUGUUGGAUCAGAUACCUCUGCUGUGUGCAACAGUGGACUAAGCACGUUCAAGUGACCUUGUACGUAAUCGCCAGAUGUCGUAUAGGACUGUUGUUUUUGCCAGGCCAUCUGUUAGAUGUUGCAUGUCUAUACCCCUCCCCCCUCGAUCUUAUAUUAGAGGGGGGGGGGGGGUGUACAGGUGCUAGUCAUCACAUCGUAUGUAUAGUUUAUGCAACUUAACCGGAAUUUUUUUUAACCUUAAUAGGAAUUUAAAAAAAGAAAUGCAACUUGAGUAUUGUGGUUAUGGAUUGGGGAUGAGUGAAUGCUGUAGCAAUAGAACCCUGUAACAUUUUAUUAAUUUGGACUCAAUAUGAGUUUUGGCUUGUUUUUGAUUGUACAAAGUUGUGGACUCUUUAAGACGUUCAGGGUUCUGCUAGAACAUAAAAUUUAAUUGCAUGAGCUUCAUUGUAACAUUCAAAUUUUUAAGGCUUCUUUGUAACACUGUAAAAUUCACUUGUUUUUUAAGUAGUUCAGAUAUGAUGAUGCUUCUACUAUUAUAAUUUAUUUUAUAUCUGUUUGCAAUGUUACAAUCUUGGUUUUAGACUGCUGUUACUAUUAUCACACCUGAUAUUCAUUCCUUCAGCUUAAAAGGUUUGUCUGCAAAUAAUGGGGUUGACAUAAAUUUCAUAAAAAAAUGUAUUGCAGCGAGUUUCACACACUUUAUAAAAGCAUAGAACUAUACUAUAGGCUAUAGCUUAUGCAUCCACCCAUACCAGAAAUAAGAUGUAAUGCUGAUGCAAUUUCCUCAGGUUAAAGUAGACUUUAGCCAUUUGAUAAAAGUUGGUUUGUUGUUUUGAACUCAAUUAAAGUGUGAUUCAUUAUCUUAGCAAUGUCUUGCUAACAUUUUGUGACAACUUCAGUCACCUUUUUCUAGUGAAUUUUCCAACACCCUUCCUCAUAAAGUCUCGAGCAUUUGGUUUUGUGUUUUAAAUACAUCAAUUCUAUAGUACUCUAAGGACUCUGUACAAGAAUUAAGUUUCAUUUUUUUACAUUUCUAAAUGGUUGGAAAGGCUAGUGAUACCUGUGACUUGCAUUUCUAUGCUGUCUUGUUUGCAGCUGGUCAAGUGAUACUAGUUCAUCAACUGUGUGUGGUCCAAGGAAAUAAUAUUUCAACACAUGUUGUUUAUGUAAGCACACGGAGCAAUGAUUUAUUUGUGAUUUAACAAAAAGGGUAUUUACUAGUUUUGGAUCUAUUUUGAUUCUGGUAUUGGCAGAUUCCAUCACUUCUAGGAAUUGAAGGAUUCAGAAGCUAGGCUGGUCAAUUAUACUCCAUAGCUAAAUCUCGAGAUUAUAAGUUUACAAAUACAUAGUUUAAUAAGACCAUUAAGUGUAUACUUUCAAAUAGGAUUUUCAAUCUAUUCAUCAGGGUACUGAGCCUAUACAAUAGUUUAUUUACCAAUAAUAAUAGUCAUAAUGGUUUAUCAAUUAUCAGUUUAAACAUUGGUAGUGAGUAAAGCUCUAAGAAAUUUUUUGAUAUCCACAAUUUUUUUGUACUGCAAGUGUUAAAACAAUAAAAUGUCACUAUUCCAGGUGUUAACAUAGCAAGCUUCAGCCUUAAUUUAAAUAGAAUCACCUACUAAUAUAUUUUUUGCUGUUUACAAAUAAGCAAAUUUAUGUACUUUUAUUGCAUAAAAGACACACUCUGACACAAGUCAGACAACAAAUUAUAAUUUCCUAUAUUAUAAGUUUUUUUUUUAUAUUUGAUAUUAUUGGUAGUUGUGAGAGAUUAAAAAUCAAUUAUACGUAAUUACAUUAAAGGACUUUUGGAUCCAUGUUUAUAAUUUAGUAGUUUGACAAACAUUCCUUUGAUAUGAUCUGAUAGAAUUGAAAUCAAAGAAUAAAAACUUAAGUAUGAUGAUUUAAAGGAUUUUGAAUUUGAAAUAUUUUACUAACAAAUCCUGUGCUAGUAUUUACAUUUAUUAUUGAAUUUUUUUUCGUACAUGUACUUGUAAGCAAAAUUGAUGAGUGACAAUAACUCAAAAUUAAAUAUCUUAACGUAUAUUCUGAACCAUCAGUUUGUUAAUCUUGCAAAAAGACUAGUGAUGUGCUUCUUGAAGGUGGUGAUGCAAAUGUGCAUGUUUGUUGGAAAGUCUGGCAACCUCGUUGGGGAGCACCACAUAAUUUAGUGAUUUGUUGCGUAGUUGUUGUUUGUUGUUGAGUUUUGAAGUCGUAGGCUGUGUUCUGAUCGUUCCUCAAGUCUGUAGCAGCGCGAUGCUCACGCGGACGUUGUACACAUCAGAGCUUCAACAAGUGUCGGCAUUCGUUAGCAAACAUUGGGAGUAGCAAGCAUGUAGUAGUUAUUUAAUUGCAUUAAUUUGUAAUAUUUGUUUAAUUGUGUAUUGUAACUAAAGCCUCUUAUGUAUAUAAAGUAAGCUAUUAAAUGUUUUAGUUGAAGUAUUUAGUAAUUUAAGCAAGUAGUGUUGGAUCAGAUGUUCUGUCAGCAACAUUGUUUGAAUGACAUGUGAUUUAUGUUCCAAAUAAAACAUUCUAUUUGAAUAAAACUAAAGAAUGCAUUUUUUUUGUAGCAUGUCUAUGUAUUUUUAAACGAACUAUGAUAUAUGUGUUGCUAAGAUAUUUAUUUUGCUGGCAUCAGUGUGCUAGCACUAACAAGUGAAUGUUGCGAGUGUUGUUUGAGUCACAGCCAGCCUUUCGUUGCAUCACUGUAUCACCAUUAGUUUGUGGAUGAGUCACAUUAUAUUGUCAUGUUAUGUAAUACUGUUUUGAAGAUUUAUUUUGUAAAUGUUACAGAGUUUAAUACAGUGCUUUUGUAACCUGCA